GAGCUUGAAUUCCAAACUGGAUUGAGUUCCUCCCGAUACGUCAUUCUGGGAUAGGCUGCGAGCAAUCGAGCAACGCUGUCAGUCAACAGGGUUUCGGGUUGGUUACCUAGGCAUUCUCGGAACGGGACCCCCAAGCAGGAGAAAGUAGCCUUGCCCAUCGCGGGUUUAGGCUCUGGGAUUAAAGUGCUCGCCAGUCCCACAGCUUUCGUCGAAACUGCCAGUAGGGAUUCAUGCUGUGUUGGUUAGCUAAAUGCGGUACGAAGCUAAAAUGAUGCCGAUGUUCCUGACAGUGUACCUCAGUAACAAUGACCAGCAUUUUACUGAGGUUCCCGUUACCCCGGAGACGCUGUGCCGGGAUGUGGUGGAGCUGUGCAAGGAGCCGGGGGAAGCAGACUGCCACCUGUCUGAGAUGUGGCGUGGAUCUGAACGAGCUGUAGGUGACGGGGAGAGGAUGCUGGAUGUGCUCCAACGAUGGGGACAACACAGGGCCGAGGUGCGCUUCUUCCUGCGUCACAAUCGAGCCCCUAGCAGGGAAUCGGGUGGGUCAAGAGGCUCAGAGCAGAAGAGGAAUGGAGUGAAGGGUCCCCCAGACAGAAGAAUGGAGAAUGGGGUGGCGACACCCCGGAUGGACAUGACGCUGACCGAACUGCAAGAGAUGGCUACCAGACAGCAGCAACAAAUAGAAGCUCAACAACAGCUCCUUGCUUCCAAGGAGCAGCGGCUGCGCUACUUGAAGCAGCAGGAGCAGCGUCAGCAGCAGCAGGCCUCGGAGCAGGAGAAGCUGCAGCGCCUCCGAGAGAACAUUGAGAACCAGGAAACUCGGCUCAAGAAGGUCCGGGCCCUCAAGGGCCAAGUGGAGCAGAAGCGCCUCAGUAAUGGCAAACUGGUGGAGGAAAUAGAGCAGAUGAACAACCUGUUCCAGCAGAAGCAGAGAGAACUAGUGAUGGCUGCGUCCAAGGUGGAGGAGCUUAGCCGACAGCUGGAGUUGCUCAAAAAUGGCAAAAUGGACAACUACAAUGACAGCCAGAGCUCUGUGGCUGAACUAGACCGCCUCUACAAGGAGCUACAGCUGAGGAACAAGCUCAACCACGAUCAAAACUCUAAGUUGCAGCAGCAGAGAGAGGGCCUGAACAAGCGCAACCUGGAGGUGGCUGCCAUGGACAAACGGAUCGGUGAGCUCCGAGAUCGGCUGUGGAAGAAGAAGGCAGCACUGCAGCAGAAGGAGAACUUGCCUCCUCAGAUUCCCUGGCAUUCAGAGCUCACCCAUGCCAAUAAUGGCUAUCCUGGUAAAGAGAGGGCUUCAAAAGACACUCAUCCUCAGGUGCCCUCUGAUGGCCAAGCUGGACAGCAGUCAGGUCCGUCUCGUGUGGCGGCGGUUGGCCCAUACAUCCAGUCGUCCACCAUGCCCAGGGGCCCAGUGAGGCACGACCUGCUUGUAAAACCAGCCUACCCGGACGGCACUGCCACCCUUCCAGCCAACGACCCACAGAGCAAGGCCGGCACAGGCCUUCAGCCAUCCAAACUGGCAGACUGGGACUCUUCAGGUCCAGAAUCCAGCACCAACGGUCAUGGUUCAGCUUCAACACUGCCACGAAUGGCCUCUCACUCCAACUCUAACACAGAACAAGAUGAGACAGAACUGAAGAGGGACAGGAAGGUGCGUCCAUUUUCCAUGUUCGAGCCGACGGAGGCUCCCACUACCUCCCUCCGCAAAAACCAGAGCAGUGAUGACCUGGUCAGGGACGCUCAGUCUGCUACCAAAGCUCCAGUCAAGGUGCCUCCUCCUGUUCCCACCAAACCAAAAGGCCCUGGUGCCGUGCCCUACGGCAAACCAGGUCUCAACACGGGCACCUUCCCCAAAGCCAAGCCCCACAGCCAGCAGCCCCCGGCUGUCCAGGGCCGCAACCCUCUCCCACCCUCACAAAGCCAGACACUCCCCCUACCCUCCAAGCAGGACACUCCACCUGCAGCCACGGUGCGGCCCUUCACCCCAGAGCUGCCCUCCUCCAAAGACGCCAGCCUGAGUAAGCCCCAGACCUUAGCGGCCAGGUCCAUUUACUCCAUGUACACGCAGCAGCCUGGCUCAGGGAAGCCUUUCAACCAGCCUGGGGUGCAGGGCGCUCUCAACAGGUCUCAGAGCCGCACCAAUGGAUUUGUCAGUGUGUAUGGUAAACCAGUGAUCCCCAGUGGAGGCUCCCUACAUCCAGAGAACCCUUACAUGGACCGACGCUCCCCUGCCCUAGAAUCUGAGGUUGACCACAAUGGAGCCAACAACAUGGGUCCCAGCCCAACUGAGGGCCCUCAACCAGAAACAGAGCGCACCCCCCGGCCCCUCAGCCCCACCAAGCUGCUUCCUUUCAUUUCCAACCCAUACAGGCAUCAGAGUGAUGGUGACCUGGAAGCCCUAAGAAAGAAACUCUACAAUGCCCCAAGGCCCCUGAAGAAACGCAGCUCCAUCACUGAACCAGAGGGUCCUGCAGGGCCCAACAUUCAGAAACUCCUCUACCAGAAGACCACACUGGCAGCUAUGGAGACUGUGACUACACCAACCACUCCCACCUAUGCUGGUGAAGCAGAGAAGGUGACGGAGGGAUCUGUGGGGCCACAUGUUCCAAGCCCUCCGAGUGGUGCAGAGAACCACCCAUCAGAAACGGGACAGACUCUGGAGGGAGGUCAGCUCUCAUCUCACAUCCCGGGUGCUAAUGUCCCCGUUCCAGCGCCUGCUGAACAGAACAAACCAUCUUCAGCCAUCCCAGAGAGCGAGGACAUCAUCCCACCUCCUCCCCCAUCCCACCCAGCUCCCAGGCCAGAUGACGCUCUUUUCCCACCACCACCAGUUGCUGGCUUGGAGGACUCAAUGGCCAGCCUGCCCCCUCCACCUCCAGAAGGCUUCCUGGAAGAGUUCCCCCCCUACCCACCACCCCCAUACCCCAGUGGAGCAGAGCAGGACAGCUUGGGGGAAGACACUUUUACCAUGAAGGCACCUGAGGUCACUGGCCAGGUCACUCUGCCACCGGGAAAGAGGACCAACUUACGCAAGCUUGGCUCUGUACGCAUCGAUCACGACAUGAGAGUGAAGUUCAACCCGCUGGCUCUGCUGCUGGACUCUUCUCUGGAGGGAGAGUUUGAUCUGGUCCAGAGAAUCAUCUAUGAAGUGGAGGAUCCCAGUCAGCCCAACGAUGAAGGCAUCACUGCUCUGCACAAUGCCGUCUGUGCCGGACAUACGGAGAUUGUCAAGUUUCUGGUUCAGUUUGGUGUCAAUGUCAAUGCUGCUGACAGUGAUGGCUGGACACCUCUUCACUGUGCUGCAUCCUGCAACAAUGUGCAAGUGUGCAAGUUCCUGGUGGAGUCUGGUGCGGCGGUGUUUGCUAUGACUUACAGUGACAUGCAAACGGCAGCUGAUAAAUGUGAAGAGAUGGAGGAGGGCUAUACCCAGUGCUCUCAGUUCCUCUAUGGUGUGCAAGAGAAGAUGGGCAUCAUGAACAGGGGGGUGGUCUACGGCCUGUGGGACUACAAUGGCGAAAACCCUGAUGAACUGUUGUUCCGCGAGGGAGACUGUAUGUCCAUCAUCCGCAGAGAAGACGAGGACGAGAUCGAAUGGUGGUGGGCACGUAUGGGCGACAAUGAGGGGUACAUUCCCCGAAACCUCCUAGGGCUCUACCCCCGAAUAAAGCCAAGACAGAGAACCCUGGCUUAAAACACAAAGAUCCCUGCACAUUCCAGUCUGCUAGAACUCUAUAUAUACACACACACACACACACACACACACACACACACACACACACACACACACACACACACACACACACACACACACACACACACACACACACACACACUCAUGCAUCCACACAGGCUUAAAAAGACUGGGGAAGAGAAGGACACUGCUGAAAUGAAGAGACAAGGACAGACCAAAAUAUAUGAAGGAUCAACUAUGAACUAUUUCUGGCACUUUUUUCUGUAUCUACAACAGAGGGAUUCUCCCUCACUUAUUUUUCCAGGCCACACUGUGUACUGGGUACUCAAGACGCUAUUGGCAUUGUUUUCCUUUACUCUGUUGUUUUUGUACUUAGUGUCUGAAACUAUUUCUAAACUGACAAACUCAAAUGUUGCGAUGUAAAUGGAACAAGCAGUAUUUUUAUUGCUCCACGUAAUUUUUACACUUUUAAAUAGUCUUUUAAAAUGGGUUUUCUGGGCUACACACUUGGGGCUCAACAUUGGAUGAGGUGAACAAGUGGAUGAUGAUGAUGAUGAUGAUGAUGAUGAUAAUAAUAAUGCUUUUGAAAUGCUCUGUUACCAUGACAAUCUUUGGCGGGCUUGUUUCUCGUCAUCUGUGUUGAGUGACUGUGUCUGUCUUUAUAACUGCACUAGAAGUAAAGUUUCAGUUGUGACCACCACUGUUCUGGCUAAACAAACAGAAAAUGAGACGACAAAAACGGUGAUGAAGCUUUUGAUUGAUCUAUUGCUGUUCAUUCUGUGGCCUAUGAUACCCAGAAAGCCAGUCUGCUUUCCUGAAUUGGCACAUGGUUGAGAUGCCAUAGAUACUGUGUAUACAUGUGUUUUUUGCCAUAAAAACAAUGAAAAGUUACUGUAGGAAUGAUAUGUUUAUGAAUAUGGACUUUCAAACUCUUAGGAGGCCAUAUGACCAGGAAGAUAUAAUGCAGUAUGACUUUAGUAUUUUCUUACAGCCAUUUCAUGACCAUACAGUAAUGUAAGAAAGCAAGCGAAUUACGAGAAACCUUGACAUUUUGUAAUAAUCACUAAGCGAUGAUGACACUAUAUCGUAAAGUCAUAGACAAUUUCUCAAGUCAAAUCAAAUAAUAAAAAAGAUGGAACUAUACAAUAUCAGUUUCCAGAACUCGGCUCGUCACAUAUCUCUGUCAAUGCAGAUGUAUUUAUUUUUGUUACUUUUUUCUUUAGCCCUUUUGUCAAAACUAUAACCACCAAUGUACUCUAGUAUUUCAAACAUUUACAAUAAAAUACUUUAUACUAA